CCCAGGCUGCUGGCGUAGGCACUUUUUGGUGCCCUGUGCAUCUCACAUGGGGAGUUAUCAGAGCGUGCAGGCAGAGAGAGUCAUACUGUAGCGGAAGCUAGCAGUAGUAGUAGUAGUAGCAGCUCGCUGGGGGCUGCAGAGGGUCCUGGAUCUGACCUGAUUUGUCUAUUCGAUAACUUCACUGAAGUGUCGCUCCUCCGGGGAAUCAUUUGCUUCUAAUUCAGCAAUUAUUGCCCAGGCUGGGGACUCGCUGUUUCAUGUUUUGUUGAGAGAAAAUUGAGGUGCAUGAUGGAUUUAUCAGGAGAGCAAUUUGACAUCAAAGUGUAACAUCAGAGGAUUGUCCUGGACUGUCUCACCAUGGCUUACCCAGAGCACUUUGAUUGGCUGAAAGAAACCGUCAGUUUUUGGCCAGGUUUGCCAGGGUUUUCCAGCAUGUUUGGGAAGAAGAAGAAACGGCUGGAGAUCUCCGCUCCGUCUAACUUUGAGCACCGGGUCCACACGGGCUUCGACCAGCGGGAGCAGAAGUUCACCGGGCUGCCGCAGCAAUGGCAGAGCCUCCUGGCGGACACUGCCAACCGGCCCAAGCCCAUGGUGGACCCUUCCUACAUCACCCCCAUCCAGCUGGCACCAAUGAAGAUAUCUCCCAAGAAAGUCCGGUCAUCCGAAACGCCGUUGCCCAAAACCAUUGUUCGAGGGAACCGGCCACCCAAAGAUGCUUCCAUCAACGGCCUGCUGGAGGAUUUUGACAACAUCUCAGUAACGCGCUCCAACUCCCUGCGUAAAGAGAGCCCGCCAGGCCCCCACCAGGCUGGGAGCAGCUCCAAACCUUCCGGGAGUGGUCACCCCAACGCCCCAGAGGAGAAUGGAUUCAACCAUUACUAUUCCCGCUACUCCUGUGACCUAGACACCUCCAGCAGGGACUUCUCUCUUGAUCCCAACAAGCCAAGCUUCUCUAUAGAUGGAGACUGGGCAGUUGGGAGGCACUAUCGAUUCACUAAGCAGAAUGGUCACUCGUACCCCAUACGCAGCCCCUUCUACCCGGACGCCAUGCCCCAAAAAUCAGACUAUGGCAAGCUUCCCCCGGACUACCACACCUACUUGGAGAGCAAAGGUCGCUCAGCCGAUGAGGUGGCCUCCACGGUGGGGAGUGGUGUGGGCUCCAGCGGCUACUACCGGGCGUCUGUGGGUGGCUCGUCCAGCCAGGACUACCGGGACACUUCAGUAGGCACGCCUUCUCGUGCCUCGCUACACAGCGAGCAGAUCAACUACCCGGACAGUGAGUGGAGCUACGGCGGCCUGCGGGACGAAUACGAAAAGCGACCCAAGAGCUCCUAUGUGACGCAGACUAGCCCCACGCCGGCUAUAAGGCAGCGGUCUCGGUCAGGCUCUGGGCUGCAGGAGCCGAAUGUCCCCUAUGCGGCCAGCGGGGCUUUCAAGAACCCUCCACAGGCCCACCCAUACAGCUCCUACACCUACCCUCGCCUCUCGGAGAGUCUCGGUAACUCACAGACCCUAACCAAGGGUGACUACGAGCGUCCUGCACGUGACGGCAGUCCCCAGGUUACGGGUGGUGAAACCUACCCCCGAGGCCCCCUCAAGCAGCCUCAGAGCCACAUCAAGCCGCCUGGCUACCCGCCAGUACACCUGCCCUACCCUCCUGUCUUUCACCAUUACAAACCUUCACCCUACCAUCACCCGCCCUCCCAGCCCAGCCCACCGUACACCCCUCAGGGGGCCUACUCACAGCCUUCAUCACCUUACAUCCCCCCGGGGGCCUACCCGCCUCCUUCCUGGGGGUCCAGCUCCGACACUCAACCCUCCAGAGUCUCUCAUGAGCAAUUCAGAGCUGCACUUCAACUGGUGGUCAACCCAGGCGACCCUCGGGAAUACCUGGACAGCUUUAUCAAAAUCGGCGAGGGCUCCACGGGUAUCGUGUGCAUCGCCAGCGAGAAACACAGCGGCAAGCAGGUGGCUGUGAAGAAGAUGGACCUCAGGAAACAGCAGAGGAGAGAGCUGCUCUUUAAUGAGGUGGUGAUCAUGAGGGACUACCAUCACGAGAACGUGGUCGACAUGUACAACAGCUAUCUGGUGGGAGACGAGCUGUGGGUUGUCAUGGAGUUUCUCGAGGGCGGGGCGCUCACUGACAUUGUGACUCACACCAGGAUGAAUGAGGAGCAGAUUGCUACGGUGUGUUUGUCGGUGCUGAGGGCUCUGUCCUACCUGCACACACAGGGCGUCAUCCAUCGCGACAUAAAGAGCGACUCAAUUCUCCUGACCAGCGAUGGCAGGAUCAAGCUAUCAGACUUCGGCUUUUGUGCCCAAGUUUCCAAAGAGGUGCCCAAGAGGAAGUCCCUCGUGGGCACGCCCUACUGGAUGGCACCAGAGGUCAUCUCCAGACUACCUUAUGGGACUGAGGUGGAUAUCUGGUCUUUGGGCAUCAUGGUGAUCGAGAUGGUGGACGGAGAGCCCCCCUACUUCAACGAACCCCCUCUGCAGGCCAUGAGGAGGAUACGAGACAACCUGCCCCCUCGGCUAAAAGAGUCGCACAAGGUGUCCUCGGUGCUGCGGUCCUUCCUGGACCUGAUGCUGGUGAGGGAGCCCUCGCAGAGAGCAACGGCCCAGGAGCUCCUCCAGCACCCCUUCCUAAAGCUGUCUGGACCCCCUUCCUGCAUCGUGCCCCUCAUGAGACACUAUCGCCACCGCUGACCUGCUGGCCCCAAAAAACCUGCCCUCCUCUACACUAUAAAACACACACAUACACACACUACCAGGGUGGCACUGCCCUCACCCAGCCAAAACACCCCCACCGCUUGGUGGAGCGCCACUAACACUCACACCUGUAACCGUGAAGUAGAUUAGCUAAAGGCAUAUCUAAGAAAUUACAUUUUUAAAAUAAAAAAACACACGACAGACAAAAGAAGAAAAAAAAAUCGUCUACCAUUUUGAAACUAUGAACUGGAGUAGAAGAGCGCACCGUGCCAGAGGAGCUCGCUUAGACGUCCAGUAGAAAACGUGAGGGCUGGCUCGCCCUGCUGCUGCAGUCUUCUCUCUUCCCAGACUGUGAGUCCUCAGCUCCAUUUAGAGUUGUAGUAGCCAUCAAAACAAGAGCUUCAGAGGGGUGUGGCGAGCUGCUGACGCGGCGGAGGGACCGAGGGGCCCGGUGCUCUGCUCCAGACCAGAGCAGCAGAGGGCAGAGCAAUCAGCGGCGUGCAGAGAGGCGUCUUUGACUGGUAAUGACUGUUGUGUCGUCAGUCCAUCUGAAGGACAGGCUGCUGCUCAGCUGCUCAAACAGAGACGAGCUCUCUUGUAUCUCUCUCCUCACACACUAACAGUGAAAAUGUAUUUUAGAGAAACUUGUAAGUUUUUCUGUACAGUUUUGAUAAUUUGCAGUAUUUUAUCGUGUCGUAACCAUUGUGAUAUGAGCAGUAUUAAAUAGAGUUUCUGCAGAGAUCUUUCCUACUGUUUAUAAUCCAGUUUUUGCUUAAAGAUAUGAGAUAUCCCAAAUAAACCCAUCUAAACCUAACUGUUACUAAAAAUACUAAAUAUAUUUAUUAUCUUAACAUUUGUAGACAGAACUUCCAUUAAAUGUUGGAAAAAAAGGGUAAUGUCAGAAUUUUGUAUGACGUUUUAAAGUAUUUAUUUAUUUAUUGGAAUUGAGGGUUUAUUUUUUUGGUAGUGUGGCCUUUUUUUUGUUUAUUUUGUUUUUGUUUUGAUUUUGAUUUACAUUUCUAAAACAUCACAGACAGUGCUAUCAGUUGUUAUAUCAUCCAAGCAAUAUCCAAAACCUAUUUAUGAAGCCCUGUAUUGAUGAUACUGUAAUUACACCAUGCAUUUAAAUGUAGCACAGAUGGAGUGGAUUUGACGACAAAAAAAAGAGGAUUUACUCUACGCAGACCUGUUUUCUUUUAUAUUAGGAGUCUCAUCCUGUUUCUCUAAAUGCCAAGAGGCGCCCAUCCAAGACGCCCGCCUCCCGCACAGAUUUUAGGAUGCUGAUAAAAGGUCUCGUUUUCUACUCACAUCCUCACUGUCAUCAUCUCACUCCUUAUCCCACCUCAGUCAGACGCACUACUCGCUAUCACUGGAAAUGCGCUGCCAUUCUCAUCUCUGGUCGGACCGGGAGAACAGUGUAAUCCUCCCUCCCCGCAUCGUUUUUACCCAUCAUUCACUGUGAUAUGUAAAUAUGACUGUGCAUACGUGGAUGUGAGUGUGUUCGUUUGUGUGUGUAUGUCAAAGAGCAAAAGAGGUAGAGCGUGUUUAUCUCUGUACAACAUCUGAAAGUGUGUGUGUGUGUGUGUGCGUGCGCUGCUGGCUAAUCCUUGACAAUGUGUCAAGACUUGAAUGAGUAACACUUAUCUGUGGUGUUGGCUUGUACAGUGAUAUUGCAUGUUUGUUAUCAGUGAAGCUGGUUUCAAUUAAAAAAAACGCCCAUAAAAACAUU